ACUGGAAAGUAACGCAGUUUGUAAUUGUAAUCCGACUUGAACACACGUUUUUUAUUAUUUCUUAUUAUUUUUCGACAAAAAAAUGAGUCGAUUUACAUUAUGGCUUUUGGCGAUUGGAGUGACGGUCGCAAUUUUUGCGACGGGUGUCCACUCGCAGGAUGACGACGAUAGCGGCGACGGGAGUGAUCCUGACACUGAUGACGAUGGUACUGAGGAUGACGGUGCAGACAUCGAUUCUGAUGUGGAGACUGAUAACUCUCUGAGAAAGAAGAGACAGUCAGAUUUAGACCAGGAUUAUUUCCAGGAGUGAAAGCACGUGUUAUUGUGAAAUCUAUCAAUUUUAAUGGUGAAAAAUAAUUUGCAAACUGCAUUUGUGUCGUCAAACUUUAACAAAUUUUCAGUACCAUGAUUUAAGAGUAAAUAAACCACAUUUAUUCAGAAAAAUA